AUGGCCACAAAAUUUGUUACAUUGGGCAUAGAAAAUGGUUACCAAUCAAUCAUCUAUAUCAGAGGCAACGUGCAGCUUUUAAUGGGAGAAGAAGUGUUGCACAUUGUUGAAGAUAUUAAUUACAUAUGGGGCUCGAAAAAUGGGGGAAGUGUUAGUGAGAAUGAUGGUGACAGAGUUUGUUGGAAGAAGAAAUCAAAAUUCUUUGCUCUCGAGUAUUGGAAAUACCUUUAUGUGAGGCAUGUCCUAGAUGUUAUGCAUAUUGAGAAGAAUAUUUGCGAUAGUACCAUUGGUACAUUGCUGGAAAUCCCUGGAAAAAAUAAAUAUGGGAUUGUUGCUCAGUUAGAUUUAUUGAACAUGGGGGUCAAAACUGAUUUGCAACCCGAGUAUGGACAAAGACAUACUCGCUUGCCUCCAGGGCCUUGGAAUUUGUCAAGAGCAGAGAAGAGAGCGGUUUUCAAUUCUUUCUAUGAUUCAAGACUUCUUGGACUUAAAUCUCAUUAUUGUCAUACCUUGAUGCAACAAUUGCUCACUGUGGCAAUUCGUUCUGUUUUAGAGAAGCCUGCAAGGUAUGCAAUAACUCGAUUGUGCUUCUUCUUCAAUGCUAUAUGUGCAAAGACGGUGGAUGUUUUCAAGCUAGAUAAGUUGGAAGAAGAUGUAGUAGUUACUUUGUGUUUGCUUGAGAAGUACUUUCCCCCUUCAUUCUUUGAUAUCAUGGUUCAUGUAGUAGUACAUCUUGUCAGAGAAGUUCAUCCAUGUGGCCCAAACCGUACUCAUCCGGAAGGUUGCAUUGCUGAGCGGUAUAUAGCUAAAGAAACUGUAGAGUUUUGCACCGAGCAUUUAUCUGAAGUUAAUACAGUUGGAGUGCCUUCAAGCCAGAAGAUGGGAGUUUCAAAGCCAUUAUCAGGUUGCACAGUUCAAAGUGAACUUAAUGGGGAAGAGCAUAAUGGCGUAUCAGAAAAUUUGAGGUGGCUAGCAGCUGGUCCAAGCAUGGCAGUGCCAUCAUAUAGGAGCUAUCUUAUUAAUGGUGUUAAAUUUAACACCAAGGCACAAGAUGAUGUGCAAACUAUCCAAAAUAGUGGAGUUUAUUUACUUGCACAUACUAUGCAAGUUGCUAGUGCCAAGGAUAAAAACCCUAUUGUCUCCAAUAUGAGUUUUUAUGGUGUUAUUCAAGAAAUUUGGGACCUUGACUGCCAAAAGUUUAGAAUCCCAGUCUUGAGGUGUGAUUGGAUAGAUAACACUUCGGGCCUUGUAGUCAACAAACUUGGAUUUACCCUUGUAGAUCUGAGUAAAAUUGGCCAUAGGAAUGACCAAUUUGUUAUGGCUUCUCAAGUCAAACAAGUAUUUUAUGUUGAUGACCCAAUGCAUUGUGGUUGGUCGGUAGUGUUAUCAAUGCCUAAUAGAGAAUAUAAUGAUGUUAUUGGUGAUGAUGUGCUAGGUGAUACUAGAAUUGAGUGUGAGCCAUUUACUAGAGGGAUACCAAAUGUUGACACAUUUGAUGACCUAGUGGGUGAGUUUAGGAAUGAAAAUAUUAGAGAUGGGUGUGGAGAUAUAUGGAUUGAUUGA